AUGCGACGCACGCAACUUGCAAAUAUACACGUCAUUUGGGUUGAUACUGUGAGCGCUCACCUCGACUUUGACGCAACUACAGCCUCGCUGUGCAUUUCUAAGGCUCCAUCAUACUACAAGCUGAAUCCAUCGGAUGACACCUUUCUUUCAAUAAUUACGAAAGACUUCUACACAGAAGAGGAGUGUCCAACCGAGGGACAUUUCCCUCAAAAUCCUAUGAAGGAGAUCAUCCUAUCUUACGCUCUGCUUUUUCAUGAUUGGAGGCUCGCCAGGAAAAUUCAGCGUAGGGAAGAAAGGAACCGCGCAUCGACAACGACCAUGAGUGGGAUAGCAAAAGUAGAUCCAUGGUUGGACAAGCUUUGUGGCAUGGAUCUUCCAAACUCGAUAUUUUCCUCUAUGUGGUCCGAACAUGGCAUCAGGGAAACCUACGACGCAAAUUCCCAAUUUCUAAUCCUGUCAGGUCGAUUGAAAAUUAUACAUGACUAUGUUGAGGGCAUACAGCCAAGUCGGUUUUCCAGUUUGUGUAACGAUAAGCGCGACCUAAGGCUCUGGUACACUGUUUGGGCCGUUCUUAUUGUUGGAGGCAUUGGUCUCAUUCUGUCUGCUGCCCAGGUUGCUAUCGCGGCGAAGGCAUAUGAUCUACAAAUACAACAGUCACAACCAACAGCCACAGUAACAGCAACAAAAAUUUUGAUCCAACUGCUUUUCUGAUUUAGAUUUCAUUGGCGUGGAGACUUCGUUUAGCAUGCUAAGUGCAAAUAAAACACAACGAACGUGACAUUCUCAUUCUAGAUUAUGAAAUUCGUUUCAAUUUGAAUCCCCAGCAAUAGACCAACUGAAUACAAACAGCAUACUUCUGCCUUUAUCCACACACCAUAAGCAAAGCG